GUACCUGUCAAAUUCAGGUACCUGCUCCCCCUCCCUCCCCAAAGGUCUCUGGUCAUAUCCUGUACUGUCUGCAGUCUCUGGUCAUGUCCUGUACUGUGUCCGCAGUCUCUGGUCAUGUCCUGUACUGUGUCCGCAGUCUCUGGUCAUGUCCUGUACUGUGUCCGCAGUCUCUGGUCAUGUCCUGUACUGUGUCCGCAGUCUCUGGUCAUGUCCUGUACGGUGUCCGCAGUCUCUGGUCAUGUCCUGUACGGUGUCCGCAGUCUCUGGUCAUGUCCUGUACGGUGUCCGCAGUCCAUUGUCAUCUCCUGUACUGUCCACAGUCUCUGGUCAUCUCCUGUACUGUGUCCGCAGUCUCUGGUCAUCUCCUGUACUGUCCGCAGUCUCUGGUCAUCUCCUGUACUGUGUCCGCAGUCUCUGGUCAUCUCCUGUACUGUGUCCGCAGUCUCUGGUCAUCUCCUGUACUGUCCGCAGUCUCUGGUCAUCUCCUGUACUGUGUCUGCAGUCCCUGGUCAUCUCCUGUACCGUGUCCGCAGUCUCUGGUCACCUCCUGUACUAUGUCUGCAGUCUCUGGUCAUCUCCUGUACUGUGUCCGCAGUCUCUGGCCAUCUCCUGUACUGUGUCCGCAGUCUCUGGUCCAUCUCCUGUACUGUGUCCGCAGUCUCUGGUCAUCUCCU